CUUACUAGCUCUGCCCUGCUGACAUUUGAUGCCUUCUCAGUGAUGAGUACUUUUUUCUUAAGAUUUACAUCGAUUGUUCCUAAAAGUAGUAGCCACUAUAAAUGACUUUUUUUUUGUCCAUUUUGGGAUUUAUUGGAAUUUAACAAUUGACAGUUAUUCAUUUGCAGAGGUUAGGAGAAGGAAAUGGUUGGAAGAUAACCCCGAGUCAUCAAGUAACGAAGACCCUGUGCUUUUCGAUACCUCAAUUAUUCCUUGGUGGGCAUGGAUGAAGAGGUUCCAUCUUCCUGAAGCAGAACGUCUCAAUGGUCGUGCUGCAAUGGUUGGUUUCUUUAUGGCCUACUUUGUGGAUAGCUUGACUGGUGUAGGUCUCGUCGACCAAAUGGGAAACUUCUUUUGCAAAACACUAUUGUUUGUAGCUGGUGUACUCUUGAUCCGCAAGAACGAGGAUUUAGAAACUAUCAAAAAGUUGCUGGAAGAGACUACUUUCUAUGACAAGCAAUGGCAAGCAUCUUGGAAUGACGAGACCUCAAGCAGCUCGAAGGAUUCUUGAGAUUGUUCGUCGUAUAACAUUAGUUUUCAUAUUUUUGGUAGAAUGUAAUUCAGUAAUCCUUCUAUGAUGCUAAUUGAAAAAGACAUUUUAAUUCUAUUCUCCAUUUUGUCGUA